UGCACAGUAAACUAGUGUUGGGGACGAUAAACUGAUGCAACUGGAUAUCCAUUAGUAAAGGCAAGAGAUAGAGAUAAUAAGAGAUAGAGACUGUAUCCGUAGCAGACUCCAUAAUCGAUACAAAAUCUGACAGGAAUCCUUAGCUAUAUCGAUUGUAGGACUCUGGACCGGAUAUCGCGAGUCUAGGAAUCGGUUGCCCGAGUCUUUACAAUUCUCAUCUCUUAAAACAAGCAUGAGAGCUCUUGUGCUGUGCGCCACGGAUGUAACGUUAUGGUUACAACCAAAAACAGCAGUGGUGGGAACGAGCGACACUACUAGUUUCACUACAUUUCUCCCUAGUUGUAAACAUUGAAUGCAACGUCACAUUAAGGACUUUAUCUCAAGUCCGCCGUCGAUACGGGGCCGGUGGCGAAAUGAGCGCUGCAGAUUGUAAACAUACAGACAAUAUUGCAAAGGUGGGUGCAGCUCGGCAAUUCCCAUGGGCUAUAUAUAUACCUCAGCAAACUAAUGUUUCUUCUCGAGCCCAUUCAAUCCACUUAAAGAUUCCAGUGUUGGUAGACUUUGCAACCUCAAAAGGAAACUACAGGGAGGACACACAGCCAGGUACUAUUUGUCCCAAAGCUAACACAACAAUCGCCAGUCAAGCUGAACUCGUCUUCACGACUUAAAGUUCAUAAAGUCAUCCAGCACUCAGCAAGCAGUGUGAUUGUUAAAAAAAAAAAAAGCAUUGCGUGUGUACACUGGCGCUCCUAGAUUGAGGGGCACCGUGUGCCAGACCCGGGCUCUUAACUAUUGUUUGUUUGUGUAGAAAAUAAAUACACCACAACAAAAUAAAUUGUUGUGGUGUAUUUAAAUAAAUAAUUUGAUAUUUGAAAAUAUAGAUAUAUAAUAUAUUUUAGUUUAUUUUUUUACAGUGCCAUACAGCAAAAAUUCUCAGCGAGAAGUGGUCUUUUACAUGUUUGAAAAUAGUGUUAGACAAAUGUCAUUUUAUAGAAUUCAGUUAAGUCAAGUUAAAUCAAGGUUUUUUUAUGAUUAAUGUCUCAACAAAUGUUAACCAUCACACUGUUUCCGCACCAAAUCGAAUUGUAUCGAAUAAUCGCAUCGCUCCCAAACUGAACCAAAUCGUAUCGUUCUGCCCUUAAAGAUAUUUUUUAAUUGAAUUGUAACCUGUGUAUCUAGUAGUGGUGCUCCGAUCGAUUGGCCACCUAUCAUGAUCGGCCGAUUUCCGUAAAAAACACAUGAUCAGCGCUUUUCUAUCGAUGCCUUUCAUUGGCGAUCACAAAAUCAAUCACCCACAGCUCGUACCUUGCAGCGUACAGAGAAUAUGUGCAGUGUAGCGCAAGGCUGGGCUGUGCUGCUAUAGCACUUGAUCUACACCAUCACAGUGCCCAAAGCGCUUUACAAAGCCUCACAUUCACCCACUCACACACACAUUCAUAGACCAAUGGGCGACUGCUGCCAUGCAAGCCGCUGCCAGGCCCACUGGGAGCAAAUUAGGGUUCAUUAGGGUGUCUUGCCCAAGGACAUUUCGACAGCCGUAGCCGGGAUUUGAACCAGUGACCCUUCGGACGACAUACCGACUGACCUGCUCCUACCUACUGAGCCACAGCCACCCAAUCCAAAUUUUAGCAUGCUUUCAGCUGUUGACAACCCAGUUGGAGUUUACUGUAAAACUAAACGCACAACAAAAAUAAUUACCCUCAUUUUAUAUUAAAAUACAAGAUAUCAUUUUAGAGGCGGCACGGUGGACGACUGGUUAGAGCGUCAGCCUCACAGUUCUGAGGACCCGGGUUCAAUCCCCGGCCCCGCCUGCGUGGAGUUUGCAUGUUCUCCCCGUGCCUGCGUGGGUUUUCUCCGGACAAUCUGGUUUCCUCCCACAUCCCAAAAAACAUGCAUUAAUUGGAGACUCUAAAUUGCCCGUAGGUGUGCAUGUGAGUGCGACUGGUUGAUUGUUUGUAUGUGCCCUGCAAUUGGCUGGCAACCAGUUCAGGGUGUACCCCGCCUCCUGCCCGAUGACAGCUGGGAUAGGCUCCAGCACGCCCGCGACCCUAGUGAGGAGAAGCGGCUCAGAAAAUGGAUGGAUGGAUGGAUAUCAUUUUAGAAAUCGCCAGCUUAAGGUUAAUGAAAAACCUUAUUGACGGGCUAGCUAAUAUUAGCAUUUGAUUACAGGAGGGAUUUACCUUUAAAUAUUGAACAUUCACACAAAAACGCUGUUGUAGCAGAUACAGACAGUUAAUAUAACAAUACUCACGGGCAUAUAUUCUUCCUAAACUGUGAAAAAUGUGUUUUUUUUUAAUUAUAACACGACCUUCUUCUACUCUUUUUGGUUUGUUUUUUGUUUUGGUUUUUUUUAUCUUACAGUGAACGAGUAGCUCCAUACAUGGACCGCACCUUGCCCUUAAGAGGCCAAGGCGUGCACAGCAAGAACAGUAGAUAGUCAUUGACUGUAUAAAAAGACAACACUUUUUUUUUUUCUGACUGUGAUAUGAAACCAAACUAAACUUUUCUUGUUGUAGGUCAAUUAGGAUUACAAAAAAUAUCUGUUAAAUGCCAGAAUAAUGAAGAUUAUUUAUUUUUUGGAUGCAUAUGAUAGUCAAUACAGUAAUGACUAAAAACAUUGGCACAUUUUUAGCCAUGACUAUUUUUCUUUGUUUUUUAGAUUUCUAUUAUUUUAAUAUAUUAAUAUUAUACUUGUUACUAAUUCAUUUUCUGGUUGUUCUUUUAAGUUAUAUUAAAAUUGUAGUUUUCGUAGUUAAAUAACUACAAAGUUGUAAAAUAAAUGAAUAAUAAUGUUUAUUAAUCAUGAUUUCAAUAUCAAUCAAAAUAAUCGUGAUUAUUAUUUUGUGCCAUAAUCACCCAGUCUUAGUGUAGCAUCGCUCUUUACUGCACAGGCGCGGAGCACCUGCAAAGCAAACCCAAACAAACACGGCAUAUAAAAAGAUGAUAUCGCCAAUACCACUCACCAUAAAUAAAUUGAAAAAUGUACAGCUAAUCCAUAUGAACGGUAUCGGCAGUGAUUGGCAGAUCUCACUCAUGGAUGAUUGGUAUCAGAAUCCGCACCAUAAAACCCUGAUCGGCGCACCCCUAGUAUCUAGAUAUGUAUCAAAUCGACGUCAUGCCAGAGAUUCCCAGCCCUGCUGUAAACAUGGUAAACAUGGUCCAUUCUGUUAUUGCGUGUAUGAGCCAUGAGCUUUUCUUUUGCGGCAAAGCUCGGACGGAAAGGCCUUCCGGUCAAAGGUGGAGCUCAUCGCUUACUUCCAGAAGGUCGGUGACACCACGACUGACCCCAACGAUUUUGACUUCACCGUGACUGGACGUGGCAGCCCCUCCCGUCGUGAGAAGAAACCUCCCAAGACACCAAAAGUGGUCAAACCGUCUGGUAGAGGCCGCGGAAGGCCCAAAGGGACCGUCCACAGCCGCUCCCUCGGGUUUGAAGAAGCACGCAACGCAGGCCAUCCGGAUUUGUCGGCAGUGGAAAGAUGCGUCAGGCUACAGAGGGUGUGGCCAUGAAGCGCGUGGUUGAGAAAUCUCCUGGGAAACUGUUGGUCAAGAUGCCACGCAGCAAGGUGGAGUCCACCAGUGAGACCACACCCACCACUUCAAAGGUGUCAUCUCCUGCCCUGCCGUCAGUCAAGUCCCGUCCAGGCAGGAAGAGGAAAUCAGAAAAGGAUCUUCCUGCCCCUUUGAAGACCACACCCAAAAAACGUGGCAGGAAACCAGCCUCAGCUUCAGCAGCAGCCACAGCUGCAACGCCAUCUUCCUUGUCAGCAUCAACCUCCAGUAUGUCAGUAGCAGGGGGCUACACCGCCGCCGCCAUCAUGGCCGCUGAGGCCAAGCGCAGAGCCACCAAGGAGUCUUCCAGCAAACCUGGCGUCCAGGAAACAGCCCUACCAAUCAAAAAACGCAAAACGAGAGAGACAAUUGAGGAGAGAGAGACUGUUCCGACUCCAGGAUCUAGCACCACAGAGCCUGGCAAAAUGGCACCCUCCGAGGGGGAGGCUGGUACAAAGGAGCCAACACAAACUUCCCAGGUUCACCUUGCCUCUUUGGAGGGGAGCCAGUACCAAUCUCAGAGGCAGCUUUUUGCUUCCCAAGAAAGUCACUCACAUGGACAUAAGACACACAAAGGAAGGAAGCACAAGGAGAAGAGUGGAGCAGCAGGAAGUCAAGAGGAGGAAGUGACUGAAGAUGUUGACGAAAAGGCAGGAAGAGGAGGAAGGAGUCGAAGCAGUAACACAAGUCCUUCCAAAAGCCAUAAAAGGAAGGAGCGAUCCCCACACAAACACCAUCAUCAUCAUCACCACCAUCAUCGCCAUCAUCAUCGCCACCAUCAAAGCUCUCUUUUGGAUCAUCCUCACUCAGCAUCUGGAUACUCCAGUGAGUCCAAACUGAAAACAGAGCUAUACACUGAAUCCCAGUCCGCUGUCCCCAAACCACCACCCCUGUCACACUCCUUGCCUCAACCCUGUCCCCUGCAGGCCCUCCAGACCCCAUAUCAAGGUCAGAGCAAAGCCCCGUCUCAACUUACAAUUACUCAGUCUUCUCCCAUCAGACAUCCACCCCCUCAGCCAAGCCCUUUAAAAACACCACCCUCGGUCCAACACAAAACUCGGCUUACAAUUCAGCAUGCUCCACCUCUGUCACACCUGCAGGUCUCGCAGGUUCAGCACCCCCAGACAAGCAAUCUUCAUGAGCAAACCCAGUCCCCAGUAACACUCCAACCUCAAACUCAAACCAGACCCCCCUUUCAGACUCAACCACGUCCUCAACCCCAAGCUCUGACCAGGACCCACCACGCAGCUGAGCCGCAAAUACAGCCCUGCACCACGGCCCAACCCCAUCUACAACACCAGUCCAGGACCCCUGCCCAAACCCAGUUCUUGUACAGUCCCCCCACACAGACUCAGUUUAGAUCACAGCCCCCUAUCCAGAUAAGCCCUCCUUUGGAACACCAGCUUCACAUUCAAAGCAGACCACAACCCCCGCAGGCCCGAGCACCACUACAUUUUCAACAGAUUCAACCACAGCCGCCCAGGCCCCACCCGCAACAACCCCCACUACAACAACUAUCUCUCCGCAUGGCCAGUAGACCCAACCUGGCCUCAGCUCAACAGAGCGAGCAGCCUCAAGACCUCAGCACCACACCCACCACUCGCAGCGUGGAGGGGAGGCCCAGAACCGAAGUACAAGUCGAAGCAGGACUUGUUUCAGAAAGCAAAGACACAAUUGGGGGUUCAAACAGCACCGCGAAGCCUCCCAGCUCAAUGCGAGCCGAUCCCCCCGGAAGAGCAGGGACGGAAGAUUGUGUCGGUCUCGUGUCUGGGGUGGAAGGCCGAGCUCGGCUACGAGUGGAUUCGGAGGUGGGGGGCGAGGGCAGGGAGCUCAGAGACAUGGUCCCCCCAUCUGCAGUUCCCUGUCCCAGCCGAGAGGAAACGGUCGAGUCUCGGACUGCUGUCAGCGAAAGGGUCAGCUGAUCAGUGGGCGCGGUGAGGAAGUGGAUUGCUCCAUUAUUGUGGACUGAGGUGGUACCAGUGAGGGCUCUUCCUCCAUCUUUGUGCACUGUUGCUCCACGGAAUAACGUUUCUCUUUUUGUCAACGAUCUGAGCGCCGAGCUAGCACUGACAAUGACUGAGGAGAAGGACAGAUGGUGUCAUUUUUUUAGGGAAAAAAAGGAAAAUAUAGAUUUAAAGUGUAUAUGUGUGUGUGUGUCUAUGCGUGUGUGUGUGUGUACAUCAUCAAAAGGCAGCUGUUGCGUCCCGCUCAUUCGGGUGGGGUAAGGGGGGAGCAGUUUGGAACUAAUAACAAACAGCUAAGGACAGAUUAUCUCCAACAAAAUGUCGCUUCCGGGAUAUAAAAUGUUUAUUUUAUUUUGUAUUUUAAUAGUUUGUUUCAUCUCUACAGCUUUAAGGUUUGUAAUUAACUGACACUCCCAAGCAUGUGACUGCUGCUGACUGACACUCCUUUUAGUUAAGUCACAUAUUCAAAAACUCCCAACUUACUUGACUUCUCUCCUCUUCCAGUGCCCCAGACUAGUAGCCAACAGGUCUGCACUUAGUCCAAACACUUGAAUUUCCUGAACGCGCUGACAAGUACUGGAAUCUUUCGGACUGACAUUCAAACAGACUCUCAUCUUCGAUUAGACAUGAGUCGUUCUUCCAUCUUGGUUGUGUUUCCAGAGGAAGUAUGUAUUCUGUAAAAGCGAAAUCUCUUCACCUUGAUUCUGGUCCCAAUGGGAAAGCAAGCUAAUGAUUACUAUUGGAGUCAUCUUUGUCUUGAGUGUUCUGGAACAGUCGCUGGAAGGUUCGGAAGUAGAGGUCCAUCAUACCGUUUUGCCAGAGGAGCUAAACACCUGUUAUGGGAAGUUGUGAAUUCUACAACUUAACCAUUCUGAACACAGUUGGAUGAUUGAAGCGGGAUAUCUACUGAUUACUUAAUGUGCACACAUCACAGUGUUUGCUUGUAGAUCUGGGGGUGGGGGGCGGUUAGCCAGAACUUUCACUCACAGACCCUUCCGACGGUAAAAGUGGCCACAGGUGUUUCUGUGAUGUAUUGUCUUCCUAAUGUCUUGCGAUGAUAAACUAGUAACAGCGCUAAGAGCUUUUCCCAUAUUUUUUCACUCACACUCUCGUCUUUGUAUCCUCUCAGGAUAUAUUAGAUGUUUUGUCAUUGGUCAGACCACAGGAGACAGUUUUAUUUUAAACAGAUUAAGUACAUGACUUCUCUUGCCCCAAAGAUCGCCUCGUUCAACGGGAAGAGUGGCCCUAACGAGCUGUUUUGUCGCAAGAUGAGUGAACGACUCACUGGUAUGCAGGAUGGUUGUUUCACAAACCACACUGGGCAGCAACAACCAACGCCCAAUUGUUGACUACCCCAGGGAACACGCCGACUGAGGCAUAAAUAGAGGGACUCCACACUGGAAAUUUAAAACUGAAGAAGCCUUUUGGAUUAAACGUCUUCAACAAACAAGAACAGUCCAGUUUCCUUGAUACAACAUUUGCAGCUUGAUGAACAUACAGUACAGGACAGUACAGUACUCGGAAAAAAUGCUAGGAGGUGGCGACGUAGGAAAAGUGCACUUCGCUGGAGAAUCUUCUCGCUGGAUUGCAGGUCACCUGACGUUGACCCAAGCUCACCUCUGCGUUUGCGGCAUUUGGUUUCCGCAAGCCCCUUAGCUGGCCGAUGUCA